UGUAAAUUACAGCAAAUUUUAUCAGCACCAGUGACAGCUAAAGUAACUGUUUAAAAUCGUGACUCGCGACUAAUUUUGAAAUGAAAGGAAGUGCCAUCUCUUAGCUUAAAUGAAUUUCACACUUUUCGAUCAGGUUAAAUAAUAUCAACAAAAUCGAGAAUAUGUCCGCCCUGAGACAAUUUUAUAAAAUCAGCACAGGUGUGAGAAGAGGCGCACUACUUGCCAGUUCUCGAAAAACACAAAUCGAUGCCUUAAAUAGUCCACAAUUGCAGUUCCAAGUGCAUCACUUUGCAACCAAAACACAAACAGCUGUUUUUAGCAGCAGCAACAACUACACGUGCAUUUGCCGCAGUAUACACUGCAGUAAACCAGUGGAUGAUGCGGACAAGACGGUGGCCACGAAUAGCAUUCCCCUGGCGAAACUGGAGGCCAAGAUGCAGCUGAUCUACACCUGCAAGGUGUGCCAGACGCGGAACAUGAAAACCAUUUCGAAGCUGGCAUACCAACGCGGCGUUGUCAUCGUGACCUGCGAGGGCUGCUCCAAUCACCACCUGAUCGCCGACAAUCUGAACUGGUUCACAGAUCUGGACGGCAAGCGCAACAUCGAGGAGAUCCUGGCCGAGAAGGGCGAGAAGGUGGUUCGCAUGACCGAUGGCAACUGCGAGUUUUUGCCGAAACAUGAUUAAAAUCGUAGUGUAGUUAAGUGAAAA